GUUGACUAUUUAGUAAUGUGACAGCUCAAGGCAUGUUCUAUGGUGUUGCUUUUAACAGGGGAUCUUAUAAUCAACACAUGCACCUAGAAGCUGACAACCUGGAGUAACAAUUAUUAUUGGUUUGGCUGAUGAGGAUAGUGGACAAUGUGAUGUCAAAAAUAACACAAUAACGAGCCAUUAUCUGUGUCAACCAAGCAGUUAAUAGAAGUUGUAUAUGUAAGGCUAUUAUAGAUCUAUGAGUAAAGUAAAGUUAGUGAGUAAAGUAAAGUUCAACCAUUCCUAGUGAAGAUUCUGUCGAGUUUAGACUAUGGCUAGCUCACAAAGUUUGUGUUGCAUGUUCCUAUUGUCUGUCCUCCUUCAUAUAUCACUUGGAGCUAGUGAUGAAUUGAUCCCACCCUGGAUAGCAGUAAGUGCAAUGGUCUUGUAUCAGCUGUAUCUAUAUAAUAGUUAGACACUUUUUUGGAGAUGUCUAUAUGGGAUUUAGAAGUCCAAAGGCACUGACUUAGGUGCUACAAGUGGCUGAAGGCUUCUAAUCACAUAUAUAUAGAAACUGACAAAACAGUGUCUAGAUGCUAUAUGCGCAUGCACAAACCUUGCCUCCGAGGCUUGGCUAUACAAUUACUUGACAACGGAAUGCUAGGUGUACUAAGUAAAUUGGUAUACUAGUACAGUAGACUCUCGCUAUUCCGGCUCUCUGAAAUGCGGCCACCUCGAUAUACCGGCCAUUUGGUUUGGCACGGAAUGCUAGCUAUAUGUUUUCUGCACAAAACUCGACCUGAAGUACGGCCACUCGCUAUUCCGUUUACCGGCCAGUGCUGGCUGUCCCAAACCUGAUUUUUAUACUCAUAUUACGGCCGGAUAUGACGUUUUGGGUGUGGUUUGGAUAAUUCUGUAGUCUUAGAUGUAGAAGGCUCUAGCUCCUCUCGCCCAGCCCCUGGCCCUCACUCUAGCCACAAACACAAGAGGAAUGACUUGUCUCUAAAGAUGAGGUUUGAAGUGAUACAAGCUGUCGAAAAAGAACCAAAGAUUGGAACAAGAAAGUUGGCAGAAACUUUUAAGUGUGGUAGGACACAAAUACAAUUAAUCCUAAAGAAUAAGGAUCAUAUCAAAGAUUUGUAUUUUUCCAAUGUUAAUAGCAAUCGUGCUCAAUGUCAGAAGAGAACAAGAAAAUCUGAAUAUGCUGACAUCAAUGAGGCACUCUUGGAGUGGUAUCAGCUUGCAAUUUCCAGAAACAUUUUCCCUGAUGGAACGAUUUUGACGGAGAAAGCCAUUCAGAUUGCUGAACGACUAGGUUUCGAUAAUUUUACAGCCUCUAGUGGUUGGCUCACUAGAUGGAAAGCUCGAAAUAGCAUAAAACAGAGGAUUAUUAGUGGUGAGUCUGGAGAUGUCAGGAGUGACACUGUAGAAUCUUGGUUCGAGCGUAUACCAUGUGUCGUCGAAGGUUAUGAACCUAGAGAUAUCUGGAACUGUGAUGAAACAGGAUUGUUCUGGAGAGCACUUCCUGACAAAGGCCUGGCCGUAAAGAAUCAAGAAUGCAAAGGUGGUAAGGAGUCAAAAUUGCGCAUUACAGCAUUGUUUUUUGUUAAUGCCCUAGGGGAAUCCGAGAGUCCUCCCAUUGUAAUUUGGAAGUCAGAGAACCCUAGAUGCUUCAAAGGUAUAGAUAAAUCGAAAUUGCCUGUUUGGUAUUACGCACAAAAAAAGUCAUGGAUGAACAGUGAAAUCUUACAUGACAUUCUGAUAGAAACUAUUACGAGUCAAGAGAUCAGUUUUGCUGCUUAUGGACAAUGCAGGGUGUCAUCCACCAAAUGUUGUUGAUAAAUACAGUAAUAUUAAAGUUGUUUUUCUUCCUGCCAACACAACUUCAAAACUGCAGCCGUUAGAUCUUGGAAUCAUCAUGAAUUUUAAAACAUGCUAUAGAAAACUGUUCAUGCGAUACAUUGUUACGAAAAUUGACAAA